CGGACUUCCGCAUGAUGGCGGUCAAGCCGCUGGCCUCGGUGCACGACUCGGUUCUGUACACGUGCUCGGCGGCCUCGUCGGACCCGCAGGCGCUCACCAUCCGCUUCCUGAUCAACUUCCGCAACCUGACGGACUUCUGCAGGGACGGGCUCAAGUGCAAGGCGCCGCCUAUCACGCGCUCGCGCUCGAACGUCGUCCGAGGGCCCCUCGUCAUCUACGACUCGCAGCUUGAUUUCGGCUCGACCGUACCCGUCGAAGGUACGGUGUCGUGUGCCUUUGAGAACGCUCGCGGAGACGUGCUGGCCAACCUGUACGGCUUCUUCAACAUCAGCCGGCUCCUCCUUCCGGUCGGCGUGAAUGCCUCGCAGCUCUGCGUUCUGCAGCAAGGCUGCCGUCUCGAAGAGAGGCACUGCCUCGGUGUCAAUCACGCCAACUGCAGCCAGUGCCAGGCUGGCAUGGGCUUCGACAGCUUCUACCACCUGUGCUUCGACCCUCGCCAGAUCGGCCAGUCGUGCGUGUUCCUGCACCAGUGCACGCAGUCUGAUCCGCGCUCCCUGUGCAGCCUAAGGGUGUGCCGCUGCCGGCCCCGGCACGAGUUCAAACCCGAAGGCUGCCAGCCCCAGGUCGGACUGGGCUACCUCUGCGGACCCGGCACCUACUGCUCCACGCCGCAAGCCACCUGCGUCAAGCACGCCUGCGUUUGCCCGGAGGACCACGUGGCGGUGAACGGGACGUGCCAGGCGGCGGCGGCCAUCGAGCUCAAGGACAUGCUGGUCAUCCUCACGUCGACCGCGAUCGUGUUCACAGCCUUCACGUCGUUGGUGUGCAUCCUGCUGCGCGACCAGCGGCCGGAGGACGAGGAAGGCAAUCGGUCGCGCUACUCGCUGAACUCCAUCAGAUAGACGAAGACGUCAUCGUCAUCGUCGUCAUCGUCGUCAUCGUCAUCGUUGUCAUCGUCAUCGUUGUCAUCGUCAUCAUCGUCAUCGUUGUCAUCGUCGUCAUCGUUGUCAUCGUCGUCAUCGUCAUCGUCACCGUCGUCAUCGUAUCGUCAACGUCGUUUUUGCCGAGGCCCGGUUUGUCGCCGCCACUCCCAUAAUAUAGUCAUCAUCGUUCACCAUGGAGCCUGGAGACGCGGCGCAGCAGAUCCUGUCAUCCCAUCGCGGACUGCGUCCGCAUAUGUUGCGCGGCGCGUGACGGGCUACGAUUUCGCGUUAAACCGAUGUCGAAUAAACU